ACACUGUACAGAUACGUUCUUGUCAAAAUUGUAAGUACGUUGUAUUUAUAUUGUGGAACAGAAGGUAGCAUUAGAUUAGUAUUAAAAUGCGUAUUGAUUUGAAGGAACUGCUGUUAGUGUCCAUGUCCACAACUCCAAGUAGUGUCAUUCAUCUGCACAAGCGAUUCAAGUGCGGGAAGGUAAGCUACAUGGUUCACUGCAUGCUGCAGAAGGGGCAGCUGCUCAUCCUCCAGGUGAAGAGGAUCCGACGCACUACCUCCUUGAGCAGCCGGCUGCAGAAGCGUCGCCGUCAUCUCCAGCGGAUGUUAAAUUGUGGGAGUGGCUUUGCCUUCAAGCUACCAGUAGCCCGAGAGGAUGGCUUCACUCAGACCACCCUGCAUCGUAGGUCCAAAGCCGUGGGCACGGAGAUGGUGCUGGAAACCACCGCCAGUCAAACGCCCCAUCGGCAGUGGAUCAGCAGCCAGGUGGAUACCUCCGAUUUGAUCCAUACCGUUUCCCAGGAUCAGCAGACCUUCAAUCCCAGCCAGCAGACUGUAAGCAUAGCCGUGGGAACGGAGACGGUGCUGGACAGCACUGCCAGCCAAACGCCUCACCAGGAGUGGAGCAGCAGCCAAGUGGACACUUCCGAUCUGGUGCACUCCAUUUCCAGGGAUCAGCAGACCUUCAAUCCCGGCCAUCAGGCCUUGAGCACUCAGACAGAGAGACAGGUUCUGCAGAGCCGCAUCACCCAGGUGGAGGUCAACGCCAAGACCAGCACCACCCAGACCAAGCUAGUCAGCGCCUGUUUGGGCAUCCAAACGGAGCUCCACUGUACCAAUGUAUCUGUGCAGACCGCAAUGGAUUGCCAGGACACGAGUAGCCAGACCAUCGACGACGAGCAGGAGGUCAUGAAGCCCCAUCUCCAGGCCCUCUUCCUGAUCUACGACUCGAUCAAGGACCAGAGCGACCUCAUACACAACGAAGUCCUGCAGGCCAUCAACCAACUGUGCGAUCUUACCCUGCUCGGAGUGAAGAAGAGGCGAUUGGAGGAGGACCUGCCCAGAGAGGCGUCACUGGAGCCAUUGACACCCAUCCCGCAAAACCAGAUCGGAGAUAACUUGCCCAGGGAGAAACUCUUAUCCGAAGCGAAGCUUAAGAAACUCUUAUUAAAGUGGGAACCUAAAUUCAGGACUAAAAGAGUCAGCAAGAGUAAGAGGUUAUCCACCGGUCCCUCUUGGAGCUGCACGAUGAAGUGCAAGCGGUGCGGCCUGCACAUGCACCGCAACAGGCUCCGGGUGUCCAGCGACAACCAAGAAACCCAGACGGAAGUGGCGGAGACGGAGGACGCGGUGGUCUGGACAGAAACGGGGACGCAGACGGAAAGGGAGCGGGGACGCUGGACCCUAAAACGCAGCUAGAGGACCCUCAGGAAACCCGGUGUCCUUCGAACUUACCCCAG